GCCCAACCAUCACCUAUCCCACCUUUUCACUCUCAGCCACGGGGCAGAAGCAAUCACAAUCCUGCCAAAGGAUUCGAUAUGUCUAAGAAAAUGGACCAGACCGAAGUUUUGGUGUCGCCAUUACCGGGGCGUUCGAAGCCCGACUCCGAAUCGCCCCAGCCUUACGUUGACCCGCCGCCCGACCUAUCCGAACCUUCGUCAGAGCUCCAGGGCGAUGAUACCGAGAGAAACAAACAGGAGAAAACAUAUACACAGUUUCUUGCAGUGAUUAGCAAACUAGAGACGCUGAUUGACAAGACCCGAUCUAUGAAACCUAGCAGUGAUCAAGAAGAGCUCGUCGGAGGAUCCGGGGAACCUAGAGCGAAGAUACACACCACCCUGGAUCAUUUCCGACUUGACCUGCGCGUCUGGAUAAAAGAUGUAUCGAGCAGCGCCGACCGUCUGCCAGACGCACUCGAAGGUUUUGCUGGCCGAGAUCUGUGGUUGAAUGAGACACUGCGAGAAACGCUACGUGGUAUGCUCCAGCACGCAGCCUCGAUGGAGGAAGCACUAGCGUCCGAUAUGGCAGGCUCUUCCAAAACGACUGGGGACAAGUGUGACGAGGUUUUGGCACUCUGUGAUGAGAUGGGGGCGCUUGUAAAUCAGUUACAGGGUCUCAAGAGUCGUCUUCAAACGGAGCUGAGUUCUGUCGUGUUGGAAGAGAAACAACAAGACAAAACUAUAGUCGACCACCCACCAUCCAUUCUUUGCUUGGACGGAGGAGGCGUGAGAAGUUUCGUCAGUCUCCUAAUUCUACGAAAACUCAUGCGUUCUAUUGAUUCUGAACUUUCGAAAAUUGGAAAUUAUGGAAUCGCACCUACAAGUUCACCUUUGAAGCCGUGCGAAGUCUUCGACUUCAUUUUUGGAUCCAGCAGCGGAGGACUACUAGCAAUCAUGCUCGGUCGUCUUGAAAUGAGCAUGGACGAAUGUUAUGACAAGUUUCGUUCAUAUGCUAGCGAAAUUUUCGGCCACCCCAGCUUGCUGGCCGUUCAAUUUUUUCGACCUCUGAACGAGAAAUAUAGCGACAAGAGACUGAUCCGGGCCAUCAGGCACGUGGUAGGAGAGUUUGACCCGUCACCAGAGAGUACGAAAUGGAGACACACCAUUUUCAAAGACACAGGCGGACGAUGCAAAACUGGUGUGCUAGCUUACGCAAUGCCUUCCCAGAAUGGGUAUGAAUUCGGCAAACCUUACAUGGUCCGAAGCUACGACUGUGAGCCCAAGGCAAAGCCUACGAAAGAAUCACAAUCCGAAUCCCAGGAAAACCUCCACGCAAACCCCGACGCAGAUUGUUUGCAAUUUCCAGCCUUGAACCCCGGACCAGCCAGCUCCUUUCACAUUUGGCAGGCCGCAAGGGCGACUACGGCAGCUCCAGGAUACUUCAAGCCCUUUGAAAAUCAGGAUGGAGUGUUCUACGAUGGUGGGAUUACUUCGAACAACCCCACAUUGCAGGUUCUGGCAGAAAUGCAGGUUUUACUAUCACAUGCCCCAAUCAAUUGUAUGGUGAGCAUUGGUACCGGAAUUAUGCCAGAGAGAGGGUCAAUAGGUAUCAUCCCACUCCUGAGGUUCGUUAAACUGCUGCGCGGUGCUCUGGGACAGAAACGAGAUACCGAGAGAUUAGUUUCGGCCAUCGCUGGGGGUCUCGAUAUUCCGUACUUCCGGUUCGAUCCUGAGCUCCAGAGACGCAUCCCGCUAGAUGAGUGGGCUCCUAAAAGUACUGCACGUCGAACACUGGGUGAUAUUGAAGAGUUCACGGAGGCAUUUCUGGAGAGGGGAGACGUACUCGACAACAUGAGCAGAUGCGCAUGCAUCCUUGCACGUCGAAUCUCGGACAGUAGGACCACUGAGAUGUCCUCGACUGACUAACUCUGCUCGUCAGUCGUCAUCACGCAAGAGCUAGCUAGUAGUUUUUAGACUCGGUUGUGUUUCAGAAUUAGUUUACAAGUGAAGAAGCAGACGUCUUUCUGCCUGCGUGUUCCUCAUGCGGGAAAGACAAUCUUGGCAUCAAUUGUGGUUGAGGAGUUGAGAAAACUUUCGGGAAUGACGAAUUCAUUGGAAUUGCGUUUGUCUUAUUGCAGUUUUUACGAAACCCGCAAGCAGAUAGUCACGGACCUCCUUGUAGGAGACCCUCCUUGAGAUACUCUUCUUACCUUGGAAACUAUUAGAAGCUUAAGUAUCACGAGCAGCAAAGUGC